GGCGCCGCCGGGCAGCGGUGGGGCUGGUCCGCGGCCCGUGGGUCUUUGGACCGUCCGUCCGUCCGUCCGUCCGUCCGUCCUUUCGCCCUCCCGUCCUCCGUCCCUCCGUCGCUCCCUCCGUCCGGCCGCGGUGGGGACGCCGGUCCCGGGCUGACGGCCCCGGCGCGCUCCGCCUCCCAGGGGGGCGCCGGUGCGGCGCGGGUGGAAGGCUCGGACCGCCCCGGAGCCGACAUGCUCACCAAGACCCUCGAGUCCCUGUUGGCCCCGCCAGCAGGGAAGGACAAGGAGGCUUUCGAGGCCGUCUACCAGCUGGGCAGCCUGUUGGGCAAGGGCGGCUUCGGCACCGUCUUCUCCGGCCACCGCAUCGCCGACGGGCUCCAGGUGGCCAUCAAGCUGAUCCCCCGGAACCGCGUGCUGGGGUGGGCCCCCCUGCCCGACUCCCCCCCGUGCCCCCUGGAAGUGGCGCUCCUGCGGAAGGUGGGAGCGGGCGGCGGGCACCGGGGCGUCAUCCGCCUGCUGGACUGGUACGAGACCCCCGAGAGCUUCCUCCUGGUGCUGGAGCGGCCCGAGCCCGGCCAGGACCUCUUCGACUACAUCACCGAGCGGGGCCCGCUGGGCGAGGGCCGCUGCCGCCACUUCUUCCGCCAGGUGGUGGCGGCCGUGCGGCACUGCCACGGCCGGGGCGUCGUGCAUCGGGACAUCAAGGACGAGAACAUCCUCGUGGACCUGCGGCGAGGGGAGGUCAAGCUCGUCGACUUCGGCUCCGGCGCCCUGCUCCGCGACGAGCCCUACACCGACUUCGACGGCACGAGGGUGUACAGCCCGCCGGAGUGGAUCGCCGGGCAGCAGUACCACGCCCUCCCGGCCACCGUGUGGUCCCUGGGUAUCCUGCUGUACGACAUGGCCUGCGGGGAUAUCCCCUUCGAGAGGGACGAGGAGAUCCUGGGCGCUCAGCUCCACUUCCGAGACCACGUGUCCCCGGGCUGUCAGGCUCUGAUCCGCUGCUGCCUGGCGCCAGACCCAGCCGAACGCCCCACCCUGGAGCAGAUACUUCUGGACCCCUGGUUGCAAGGCGAGGAUCCCCCCGCGGUCCCCGGCGACGUCGCCUCCGCCGCCCCGGAACGGCCCCUUCGCUAGGGCCCCCGCUUCCCCCGGACUGAACCAGCCUCACGCAACUUAAAGGGCUUGCGUCUGCCUGUUGACCUGGUUUUACAGGUUGCUUAGAGAUCUGUUCCUCGGGGGGCGUGGGGGGAAUCCAGAAAACCGCUCCCUCCCCUGAAAAUCCCCACUACGGUACCAGGCGAGGGACCGCCUCCUCUCUCAGGGAUAUAAAGAUGAGGGAAAGUAGAAAAGGAGCUGCCAAAGGAAAGACUCGUACCGGGUGAGGAGACCCUCUCAUCUCCCACCGACCAGCGACGGGAACUGUCCCGGAACGAAGGGGAGGGUGCCACCCCCUCCCCGUGACCCUUCCCUUCCUCUUCUCCUCCCCACCCCCCGCCCACUUUCCCCACCCCACCCAAGAGCCUGGAAGAGAGUUCAAAGAAAGUGAGCAAGUUUGAAGCCGGCCACAUCCCUGGGUAUGGCUUUGGCUCAAGGGAAGUUUGAGGCAUCAGCCCCGAGAACUGGGGCACGGAGAUGGGGGCGUGGGGGCGGGCGGUGGGAAGGGAAUAGUUUAUUGAGGUCCAAGAUGCCGUCUGUGCCCCAACUCCGCUCCCCUUCCCCACCCUCGAACCCCACAGCCCAUUGAAUUCCGGUGUCAGGCCGGGAUUGUGUUUGAUUCAUCUAAGUGUAAAUACUUGUGUAUUGCCGUGAGCCGGACUGGGGUCUAUGCUCUCCCUCUGGCCCUGGGCUAGUCCUUGCCCAGGCUCACUCGACUAUUUAAACUAGCACAAAGAGGGUCUAUUUAAUAAAAUGGUAUCGAGCCUAA